UUAGUUAAGUCCUGGAGUUAAAGGCUGAGAAAGUUUUAGAAACUGAGCGCUCAUUGAUCACUGAAUUUAUUGACAACCACCCAGCAGAAGACAUUCAGUGUAUUUGAAUGUACCAUCAACAUCUGCUAAGAUCUAGUCCAUAAUGGAUGUCCCAGUCAGUGUAGCCACUCAAAGCCAAUCCAAAACCCUUACUGAUAUUAGUAUAUGUAGCUAACAGUUGCUUUUUACUUCCUGCUACGUUUAUUUUCAUUUGUAGAGACUAUUUUAUUUUUAGCUCAUAUCCUAUAUUACUCUGCCAAUUUAUUUAUUUAUUUAUUAAGAAAAUACCUCAAUAAACUAAGCCAGUUGAUUCUCGGUAGGCCAGAAGUGCAGUUUCUCUCCAGAAAUGGAAUCGACUACAUUAGCAACUCUAGCAGGUGUUAGCGUGCUAGCUGCGGGCGCACAGACAGACAUGUCUGAUGUCCUCUGGCUGUUGAUUUUGGGAUUCGUCAUCGCCUUUAUCUUGGCCUUCUCUGUGGGUGCCAACGAUGUCGCCAACUCCUUCGGGACAGCCGUGGGUUCUGGGGUUGUGACUCUGCGCCAGGCCUGCAUCCUGGCCACCAUCUUUGAGACAGUUGGUGCCAUGCUUUUGGGGGCAAAGGUCAGCGAAACCAUCCGUUCGGGGAUCAUCGAUGUUCACAUGUAUAAUGGCUCAGAGGCUGUACUGAUGGCUGGCUCCAUCAGUGCCAUGUUUGGAUCUGCUGUCUGGCAGCUCGCAGCUUCCUUCUUGAAACUCCCCAUCUCCGGGACGCACUGCAUCGUGGGCGCCACAAUCGGCUUUUCCAUGGUUGCCAGAGGUCACCAGGGGGUCAAAUGGCUGGAACUGCUCCGCAUUGUGGCCUCUUGGUUUCUCUCACCUCUUCUCUCGGGCAUCAUGUCUGCCGUUCUCUUCUACUUUGUCCGCAAGUUUAUCUUGAACAAGGAUGAUCCAGUGCCCAAUGGUUUAAGAGCAUUACCGGUUUUCUAUGCUGUUACAAUGGGAAUCAACCUGUUCUCCAUCAUGUUUACUGGAGCACCAAUGUUGGGGUUUGACAGGAUACCGUGGUGGGGAACCCUGUUGAUCUCACUGGGCUGUGCCAUCCUCACUGCCCUGGUGGUCUGGUUCAUUGUGUGCCCGCGGUUAAAGAAGAAGAUGCAAAGUCCGAAUAUUGCAGACACCAGUGGGACACAGCUAGUUGAGAAGAAGCCAUCCUCUAAUGGCCUAAAUGACCAUAAUCCUGGCCCUCCUCGAAACUACUCUCCUGUUCCACAGACACCGCCUACUGACAGCAACAAAGUGGCCUUCGACAUUGGGGGAUCGGCAGAAACCGACCUGGACAAGAAAGAGUUUGACACCAAAGAUUUGGACUGCACUCAUGCUUUAAAUGGCAGUGGUGGUAUUGUUAUCCCCGACUUGAGCGGAAACCAGUUUCACACCGUUCACAAAGACUCAGGAAUCUACAAGGAUCUUCUCCACAAACUUCACCUGGCCAAAGUGGGUGAAUGCAUGGGAGAGCCCGUAGAGAAGCCCAUCCGCCGCAACAACAGCUACACCUCCUACACCAUGGCCAUUUACGGCAUCCACGGCUCACUGAAGGACGGAGAGGGAGGAAGCCGGACGGGACUGGAUGGAGAGAAGAGGCGCUCACGGUACGACAGCUAUAACAGUUACUGUACGGCGGUGGCUGAUGGUGAAGCCGCGGUGGAGGAUGCAGCUCUGGCGGUGGAGAUGGAGGACGAGGCGCUUAGAGGAGACGUGCUGGAGGAGGACAUCGACGAGCUGGAGAUCGACAAACCUGAGGUGUCAACGCUCUUCCAGUUCCUGCAGAUCCUCACCGCCUGCUUCGGCUCAUUCGCACAUGGGGGGAAUGAUGUUAGCAAUGCGAUUGGCCCUCUGGUGGCCCUAUGGCUGAUCUAUGACAGUGCCUCAGUGGCCCCCAGCGCUCCUACACCCAUCUGGCUUCUAUUAUAUGGUGGAGUGGGCAUCUGUACAGGACUCUGGAUCUGGGGUCGCAGGGUCAUUCAAACCAUGGGCAAAGACCUGACACCCAUCACCCCCUCCAGUGGGUUUAGCAUUGAGCUCGCCUCUGCUAUUACUGUGGUUGUCGCUUCCAACAUCGGACUCCCAGUCAGCACCACUCAUUGCAAGGUGGGAUCGGUGGUGUCUGUUGGCUGGCUCCGCUCCAAAAAGGCCGUCGAUUGGCAUCUUUUCCGGAAUAUUUUUAUCGCUUGGUUUGUGACCGUGCCAAUUUCUGGUCUCAUCAGUGCUGCUAUAAUGGCACUUUUCUAUUACGUUAUACUGCCUCUGACCUAAUGUGUUACGUUAAACCAUUUCCCCUUUGUAAAUACUUUUUAAACUGACCAGAUACUCAUAUAAUAUGAAAUGCCCUUCAAACUCGUGCCAUCAAAUGUACUGUACAUAGCAAAUCAAAGACUGUGUGUGUUUGCACAUCACAUUCUUACUCUGUGAUUUUUGUACGUUCAAGGUGCUUAAUAAUAGUAUUUUUAGCUGUAAAUGUGUGAGAUAUGUAGUAUGACAGUGUUUAUUUAGUUUUAUUUGGGCCUCUUUUUUUAAGAAAAAGUGUUGUUAGGUUAGACUAAAUUCUGUUAGGCAUUUUAACACAAAUGAAAACGUGUACUUUGAGCUGAAAAGCUAUAUUUUAUUUAUAAAAUGUGUCUAUAUAUUUGCAUGACAUUUGAAAUAAAUCACGUUUCUUGUGAGAUUUUGCAUGCUCAUUUACACUUGUGAAUAAACCAGUUUUACAAAACAUAAA